CUCAAACAUUUUCCCACGUGGAAUAAGAAUAUAUGAUAAGAUAUGUCAUGGUUGAUUGCGAACUUUAGUCUAGUGGAGGAAAGCCUUCCUUCUGUUGAGGAAAGAAAGCAGAGAGUUUGAGAGAAGGAGAGAAAUUGUAGGAAACCAUCCAAUACUCAACAGCCACCAACCACCAUCAACAACUACUUCUUGGAUCAACAAUUACUCUUGUGAGCUGGAAAAUAGUGAAGAGACUCCGUGUGCUCUUCACAGAGGCUUCAGUCAACACAUGCUACUCCAUUUGUUUAUGUUCUUUCAUUCUGUAUAAGUAGAGUAGGAAAUCUUCUGUAUCAAACCAAGCUUUCCAUCAAUAAACAUCUUAGCAAAUUCAUCAGAAAUGGCGGGAGGAGGAAGAUUUGUUUAUGGGGAUUUGCUGCCAUUCUCAGCGAUGGUGAGUAUGGAGUGUAUGAAUGUUGGGUUGAACACACUCUUCAAAGCUGCAACAACUGCGGGCAUGAGCUACUAUGUCUAUGUUGUCUAUGCAUACGCAAUUGCUGCUCUUGUCCUUCUCCCUGCCCCCUUCUUCUCCCACAGAUCAACAGCUCUUCCUCCACUGAGUUUCUCCGUACUCUGGAAAAUCGGUCUUCUCGGCGUCAUUGUGGGCUCAUCUUCGAUUGUGGGAUCCGCAGGCAUCAGCUACAGCUCUCCAACGUUGGCUUCAGCCAUUGCCAACCUCACUCCAGCCUUCACCUUCAUAUUGGCUGUCAUGUUCAGGUGAAUUGUUACCCUCCUGCUCCUGCAAAUUCAAUGGAGGAUUGGGUGUCGAUGGGUUGGUAGGAAUAUACUGAAUGGUUAAAGGUCGUCCUAAAAAUUACUAACCAUCUUCCUAAUUUAAUAUGUAAUUUACCAAAUUGCCCAUUUUGAAUUUCAAAAUCAAACACAAAACAAACAACUCCUCCCCCUUCCAUAAAUCUAAAAAAAUAUAUAAACCAAAAUUCAACAAAUUAUCUUAUGGAUCGAAUCAUAAAUCGUACGAUCUACAAAUUCAAUUUGCUACCUCUUUACUGGCAAUGUUGUAAGUAGUAAACCAUGAAAUGAAAUAUUAUCUUCUCACCACUCCUAACCUCUUACUUCCGUUUGAAAUGCAAGGAUGGAAAAAGUAGUAUUGAGGAGAAGAUCCCAUCAGGCCAAAGUGUUGGGCACAAUAGUGUCAAUUGCAGGUGCAUUUGUUGUCACUCUCUACAAGGGUGCUCCGAUGUUCAUUGCUGCUGCUUCGUCGUCCUCGUCGUUGGCUCAACCCUAUCAGUCCCUUGAGAGCUCACCAGCCCAGUACUGGGUCCUUGGUGGGAUUUUUCUCACCUGUGAGUACAUUCUAUUUUCCCUGGGAUACAUUUUUCUGAAUCGAAUCCUGACAGACUACCCUGCUGAACUCACGGUAGUGUUCUUCCGCAACAUAGCCGUGACCAUCACAGCCACGAUUGUCGCUCUGUACACUGAAGGAACUUGUGCAAGUGCCUGGAUAUUGAGGCCUAAUGUAGCAUUGGCCUCGGUGUUGUGCACGGGGCUACUUGGGUCGUGCUUGAAGUCCGUUGUUCGUGCGUGGGUAGUGAGGAAGAAGGGGCCAGUAUUCGUGGUGAUGUUCAAGCCUUUCUCUGUCGUGAUUGCUGUUGCUAUGGGCGCCAUGUUCUUGGGUGACACGCUUUAUGUAGGAAGUGUGAUUGGGGCAGUGGUGCUCUCGAUUGGAUUCUACGCUGUGAUGUGGGGGAAAGCUCAUGAGGAUGAUUUCUGCAGCCAGCAGCAGGACACUCAGUCCACAGAGAAGGCUCCUCUGUUGCAGACUAGCAGGAGGAAUGCUCAAGUUUAAGCUGCUGACACCAUUUGGCAGACACAAAAAUGAAGGAUUCAUGAAUUGAUGAGCUUGGCCAAUGAUCCAUGUGGAAAUAUUAUUAGAACUCGAAUUAGCUCUAGCUAGAUCCCAAAUUAUGUUAAUGCACUAUGCCUAGGUUAAACCAAGUUUUUGACAUGAUCAUUGAACAAGUAAAAUAUCACACUUCUUUGGUCCAACUGUCGUUUCCAUAUUCAGUGGUCAGAUAUUCUAGAGGAUAUAAUCCUGG